AUUCCUGAUUUUUUUGAUUAUUGACCGGAAACAAAACGUGGGUUCUUUCAUUUUACAUCUUCGGUUGGAACAGUCGCUGAGCUUACAGUAGAUAUGGCAGAUAUAUUAGAUGAUCAGUUUGAAACUACUGAUUCCGGCGCAUCGACCACUUAUCCGAUGCAAUGUUCGGCAUUGCGCAAAAACGGAUUCGUUAUGUUGAAGUCCCGGCCAUGCAAGAUUGUCGAGAUGUCAACUUCCAAGACUGGCAAGCACGGCCACGCAAAGGUUCAUAUGGUCGGCAUUGAUAUUUUUUCCAACAAGAAGUAUGAGGAUAUUUGCCCAUCUACUCAUAACAUGGAUGUCCCCAAUGUUAAAAGGGAAGACCUCCAGUUGAUAAGUAUAAGUGAUGAUGGCUUCCUUUGCUUGAUGACCGAAGGCGGCGAUUUGCGUGAAGACUUGAAGGUUCCAGAUGGCGAAUUGGGCGAUUCUCUGCGUGCUGACUUUGAUAAUGGCAAGGACCUACUGUGCACUGUUCUUAAGGCGUGCGGAGAGGAGUGUGUUAUCGCAAUUAAGACCAAUACUGCUCUGGACAAAUAAGCAAAAUGUAUCGCUGUAAAUUUCUGUUGCAUUUACAUCUGAAGCAAAUUUAUUCAAAGAUGCUGUUAUAGGCUAGUUGGCUCUACAUCUUAAAUCUGGUUCUAACGAUUGUAAUAAAUAUAACAGAAACUCAAAGCAUCCAUGUUUGAAUAACAAGUAACAAGAUACACGUUUGCCAAUAAAAUUUUUUACCUAAACGUCAA